UCAUGUUACCUUAUUUCAAUAAUCACAAAAAAAAUCUAUUAUAAGCUGUAAGAGUAGUCAUAAGCUUAGCUCCCUUUUUUUUUCUCUUUUCGUUAACUAAUAAGGUAAAAUAGACACAUUUAUAAAUCAUCUUUCUUCAUGUGUGAAGUUACUGAUUUAAGUUAAAAUUUAUUGCUUAUUAAUAUAGUAUUUAAUGUUCGAUUGUAGACGGUUUGUAGAAGAAGAGAGAGAGAGAGAGUUAUAUAAAUAUAUGCAUACAUGUUAAGGAGAAUUUAUGCAAUAGCAUAUUGAGUUCUUGGUGAAACAAUAGCAGUAUUAUGACUGGUUCACCACAAAUAUAUAAAAUGAAAUAAAUAAAUAAUAAUAAAAAAAAAGGUUAGUUUGUUCUUUUCUUCUUUUUUUUCUUUUUUUCUUUAAUGAAUAAGUAUGCAUCAUUCAAUUGAUAGUCCAAGCACCAAAUCAUUUUGUAUUGAAGAUAUUGAUGAUGAUGAAAAUCUUCCUCCAAAUGCUUCUGCUAUGGAAACACAGCAACUAUUAACAACAGAAGAUCAAAUACCUCGGUAUUUAACAUCUUCACCAUUACCUUCCAUAAGGUUAAUAGAUGAAGCUCCCAAGAAUACUUGGAGUACUUUGAAAACUAGAUCUAAAUAUUAUCUCCCUAUAUUACAAUGGCUACCUUUGUAUAAUCGACACUUAUUCUUAGGAGAUUGUUUAGCAGGAAUUACUUUGGCUUGUUUAUUGAUUCCACAAGGCUUGUCUUAUGCAACGGCUUUAUGUAAAUUAGAUGCAAUUCAUGGUUUAUAUGGUAUUGCAUUUCCUGCUAUUUCAUAUGCUUUCUUUGGAAUGUCACGACAAAUGUCUGUGGGACCAGAAGCUACUUUAGCCUUAUUAAUAGGGUCAUCUAUUGCGCAACAAGAACAUAUACAAUCAGUAGAUGAUUACCAAAUCGAUCCUUUAGCUUGGGCAUGUCUCAUGACGUUGUUUGUAGGCUUAUUUACUCUACUUCUUGGUAUUUUUCGACUUGGGUUCUUGGAUAGUCUUAUGAGUCGUGCAUUAUUACGUGGAUUUAUAAGUGGUGUCGCACUUGUAGUCAUGGUUCAACAAGCCAUCACCCUCUUCGGUUUAGUGGAACUAAGUAAAGAAUGGGGGAUAUCAGAGGCCUCAACUACAGUAGAAAGAUUAUAUUUUCUUAUUAAAAAUAUGAAUCAUGCUCAUGGAUUAUCCACCGUUGUAUCUAUUAUUUCUAUCUUUAUUUUAUUAGCAAUGCGCAUUUUGAAAGCAAAGCAUGGACAGUCUAAGAAAUGGUUUCAACUUUUCCCUGAUGUGUUGGUGGUAGUUGUUCUAUCUAUUUUAUUAACUCAACAUUAUAAUUGGGAUCACAAAGGUUUGGCUAUCUUGGGUAAAAUCGAAAGUGCAGGUAUUCCCCUCCCUUCUAUACCUUCUUUCCCUCCCAGUAAACAUAUGAAAGAUUUAUUGGUUACCUCUGCUAUGAUCUCUAUUAUUGGCUUUGUAGAGUCUAUAGUCAUUGCAAAGAUUUAUUCAAGUCGUCGUAAUUAUUCUGUAAGCCCUAAUCGAGAACUUGUUGCAUUAGGAGUAGCCAAUAUAUGCAGUGGAAUAUUUCAGGGGAUACCUGCCUUUGGUUCAGUAUCUCGUAGUAAAAUCAAUGAUAAAGCAGGUGCUCGUACUCAAAUGGCUUGUUUAGUCACCGGUGUCAUUGCUAUUUUAGCCAUCUUAUUUUUAUUACCCUAUUUCCAUUAUUUACCAAAGGCAGUACUUUCAUCUAUUAUCUUUGUAGCUGUCUUAUCUCUCCUAUCUGAACUUCCUGAGGAUUUACACUUUAUCUUUAAAAUUGGAGCUUGGAGAGAUUUGGGUUUACUACUUAUCACUUUCUUUGCAACUAUCAUUAUUUCUCUAGAAUUUGGAACUCUCUUGGCAGUCUCACUUUCACUUUUAGUAACAAUUCGAGAAACAAGUUAUCCCCGUAUUUCAAUUAUGGGAAGAGUAAAAGGGUCAAUUAGUAAAUUUAAACCUAUUCAAGAUGAUUCAGGAGAAGUUGAACAUUUACAAGAUGUAUUAAUUAUUCGUAUAGAAGAAGCUUUAUUUUUUGCAAACACAGGCCAAUUAAAAGACCGACUAAGACGUUUGGAAAUGUUUGGAGAUAUGUCCAUUCAUCCUUCUGAAAAUCCUCGACGAAGUGAGUCAUUGUAUACUAUAUUUGAUGUUGGCAGUAUGCCUACUAUAGAUGCAAGUGCCAUUCAAAUAUUAUAUGAAAUUGUCGAAGCUUAUAAAAAUAGAUCUGUUGAGGUUUGUUUUGUAAGAUUAAGAGAGCAGCCCUACAAGAUGUUCAAGAAAUCUGGGUUAUUAUAUUUGGUAGGCCAAAACCACUUGUUUAGAAAGGUUUCAGAAGCCAUAGAAUUUGUUGAACUUGAUAUAUCAAAGCGGGGUAACAUUUGACAAAAAUAGAAAAAUAUCUAGUUUAAAAUGACUCGUAAUCUAUCCUUACAAGUGGAAUAUUAUUUAUUAGAAAUUUUCUAUUUAAUAUAAAUGUUUAAAAAAUGAAACUUAUGGCUAAUAAGAAUAAGCUGUCUAGUUUAUUAUUAGUAUUUUUUUUUCCUGAAAACUUUGAGAGCUUAUUCUUUAAGUAAUGAACAUGUUUAUUCUAUUGAAGGUUAUUAGAUAACAUGAAUGAAUCUCUUACUGCAGACAAACUUCACAUAAUGAUUGGGCUAUCAUCCAUCUUUUAAUCUAUUUUUUCGAUUUUAAUGUCCGAUAUAUAAAAUAUGGUUGUAAGUCACUAUAGAAUAUGAAUAUAAG